UUCACCAAAACCUGUCAAGUCUUUCGCAAGCAGCCUCUACCUGAGACAACUCGUCAAUGGCUAAAGACAACGUCGCCAACUGUUGAGAGGCAGGCGGCUAUGACCAGGUGCAAUUACAAGCCCAAUUGUUUGGCCUACAGUACAGUCCAUCCAGAUCCUUUGCCCGGCAGCGAUGCUUCGGGUCAUAUCUACCCAUCAUCGACAAAAACAUCGACACAUACAACUCUAGGUUGCUCUGGCGCCCAAUCCAUCAUCUAUUCGGAACCGACUUUACAGAACAGUAACUGAUUCUGCCAGCAUGACGUCGGCCUUUUGCCCUAUCGAAUGCCCACCAGGCCAGAAAGAGCCGAGUCAGCCGGGGGGCUUUGCCUAA